AUGUCUCGCACAAUCGGUGGAAUUGAGGUGAUUUUCACCCCCACGAACCAGGGAUAUCACCACUAUUGGACCGAGUUCAGCCCCUCCAAGAUUACACUCCCUAAGGGGUGGCAACGUGAGCCUGGCCGUCGGUCUCUGAGAGAGGCGAUCAUCUGGGAGAAAGACGUGGCCAUCACCAUGCGCGACGGGAUAGUCCUCCGCGGCGACGUCUUCCGACCCGCAGACAAGGAUGGAGUCCCACUCCCGGCUCUCCUUCCCUGGAGCCCGUAUGGAAAGACGGGAAGUGGACACCACCAAACCACCAGCUUCACCUACCUCGGGGUACGCCAAGAGCACCUGAGUGGGUUGGAAAAGUUCGAAGCGCCUGACCCGGCCGAGUGGUGCCCUCGCGGGUACGUGGUGGUUAAUGUCGAUGCGCGAGGGGUCUUUGACUCUGAAGGCGACAUCUUCAUCCUUGGCACACAGGAGGGUCGUGAUGGCCACGAUACGAUUGAAUGGAUGGCAGAGCAGAGCUGGUGCGAUGGAAAUGUCGCUCUUGUGGGCAAUUCAUGGCUUGCCAUGGCCCAGUAUAUCGCUGCCGAGAAGCCGCCACACCUCAAGGCGAUUGCCCCCUGGGAGGGCAUUGGGGACUUUUAUCGUGAAAGCAUCUGCCGGGGCGGCAUUCCAAAUUAUGCCUUCUGGGACUUGUUGAUGCAGGAGUUCAAUGGGAAAACCUCUCGCGAAGAUGUUGCGAUGAUGAUCCAGAAAUACCCUCUAAUGAACGCCUACUGGGAGGAUAAGCGGCCUCGCCUACACGAUAUUGAGGUGCCCAUGUAUAUCCUGGCCAGCUACUCGACGGGUCUACACACAGAGGGAUCGAUCAGAGCGUGGAAGUAUGCCGGGUCCAACGAGAAAUGGCUGCGUAUUCACCCGACGCAGGAAUGGUUUGAUAUCUACCAGCCAUUUGCCAAUGACGACCUUCAACGGUUCCUCGACCACUUUUUGCUCGGCAAAGCGAACGGAUGGGAAAAUACACCUCGUGUCCGUCUUUCGCUGCUGCGGUACAAUCGGGCUCCGAUCAGUUUCCGCGCGGAAGACGUCUACCCCCCGUCUCGCGUUCAAUACCGCAAAUUCUACCUAGAGGCAGGAAACGGCAGGCUACUCGUCAGUCAGCCCGCGCAGGAGGCCAAAGUCACGUACCAGUCCGACUUGUGGGAUGACGACGGUGCCCAUUUUAGCUGGACCUUUGACGAACCCACUGAGCUGAUCGGGUCGUCCCAAGUAAUCCUCUACAUGUCCUGCCAGGACCUCGACGACAUGGACGUCUAUGUGAUUCUCCGCAAAUUAGACAAGGACGGCAACGCACUGCUGAAUUUUAACAUCCCCCUCGAGCACCAAGCAGCCGGCGUGACGGAAAAGGACAUUCCAGACGUCAACAUCUACAAAUACGUGGGGCCCAACGGGCGGCUGCGAGCGUCAAAACGAGCAACUGCAGAGGAGCCAGAUAUCGCCGAGAACCGCCGGGGCAACCGCGAGCCAACGGAGCUAUUCUUCCCGCACGACAAGGAAGAGAAAGUCAAGCCCGGAGACGUGGUUGAGCUGCGGAUCCCACUGUGUGCCGGGGGCAUUGCGUUUGAUGCGGGAGAGACGCUGAGGCUUGAGGUAAAAGGGCACGACCCAAUCCUGCCCGAGUAUCCGCCUCUCCACCGGAACCUCAAGAACCUGAACCACGGCCGGCACGCUGUCCAUACCGGUGGGGGAUUUGCUAGUUACCUGGUUCUCCCUUUGGCCAAGGCGUAG